GGGGAUUGGAACACCUGAAUCACAUGAUUAGGAGGGGAUUGGAGCACCUGAAUCACAUGAUAUGGAGGGGAUUGGAACACCUGAAUCACAUGAUUGGGAGGGGAUUGGAACACCUGAAUCACAUGAUAUGGAGGGGAUUGGAACACUUGAAUCACAUGAUUGAGAGGAGAUUGGAACACCUUAAUCACAUGAUUAGGAGGGGAUUGGAACACUUGAAUCACAUAAUAUGGAGGGGAUUGGAACACCUGAAUCACAUGAUAUGGAGGGGAUUGGAACACCUGAAUCACAUGAUAUGGAGGGGAUUGGAACACCUGAAUCACAUGAUAUGGAGGGGAUUGGAACACCUGAAUCACAUGAUAUGGAGGGGAUUGGAACACCUGAAUCACAUGAUAUGGAGGGGAUUGGAACACCUGAAUCACAUGAUUGGGGGGAGAUUGGAACACCUGAAUCACAUGAUUGGGAGGGGAUUGGAACACCUGAAUCACAUGAUUAGGAGGGGAUUGGAACACCUGAAUCACAUAAUAUGGAGGGGAUUGGAACACCUGAAUCACAUGAUAUGGAGGGGAUUGGAACACCUGAAUCACAUGAUAUGGAGGGGAUUGGAACACCUGAAUCACAUGAUUGGGGGGAGA